UCACCUUUCUUCCUCCUCUCUCUCUCUCUCUCCCCCUCUCCCUCCCUCUCUCUCUCUCUUACACGCACAAACACGCACCAGAUAAUGGACAAGAAACCGUGCAAUUCAUCUCAGGACCCAGAAGUGAGAAAAGGGCCUUGGACCAUGGAAGAAGACUUGAUCUUGAUCAACUAUAUUGCAAAUCAUGGUGAAGGAGUCUGGAACUCCUUAGCCAAGGCUGCUGGUCUUAAACGUACUGGGAAGAGUUGUCGGCUCCGGUGGCUAAACUAUCUUCGUCCUGAUGUUAGAAGAGGGAAUAUUACACCAGAGGAACAGCUUUUGAUCAUGGAGCUUCAUGCAAAGUGGGGAAACAGGUGGUCAAAGAUCGCAAAACAUCUACCAGGAAGAACUGAUAAUGAGAUCAAGAACUAUUGGAGGACUAGGAUUCAGAAGCACAUUAAGCAGGCAGAGAACUGCUCGCAACAACAUUCUCAAGUAAGUUCUGAGACAGCAGAUCAUCAGCAGGCCAGCAGCAGCCACGUGUCCAACACCAUGGCUGAUUCUCAGCCAAUGGACACGUACUCUCCGUCCUCCUUUAAUCAAGUGACUCUCACUGAUCAGCCCUUUCCAACGCAUCCAUUUUCCACCGUACUCGAUCAGUCCUCCAUUUGCACCAGUCACGAGACUAACUAUUGGAGUAUGGAGGAUCUCUGGUCUAAUAUGCAAAUACUUAAUGGGGAUUAAUUAAAUUAAUUAUUAUAUAUACAUAAUAAGUAAUAUAUAUUAAAAAGGUAUCUCUUUCUCAGCAUGUUUUAUUAGGCUUUUAUAUGUAUAUGCAGUCGGACGUUUGGUGUUUAACCUACCAUAUAUAUAUACAUAUAUAUUAAGAACCGUAUCGGUAUGGGCUGUAUAAUAGGAACUUAUUAUCUGCAUAUUGUCUUUUUUAUAUGUAGCAAAUCAGAUGAUGCGAGUUUGAGAGCCAUUAACCGUGAACUGGUUUGUAUAUUCUCCGUGGCAGGUGUGGUCUUAAUAUAGCAAAUCUUUUCAUUAUCUCAA